UCUUGUUAUUUUCAUUUGUAUGACAAUAUUUUACAUUCUGUUCAUAAGUAUCUAAAUAUGCUAUCUUCUUUAUUUGGAACAUACAGUUAACGCUAUAACGGGAAUUCGAAAUGAGCAUGUCAUUUCAAGUUAUAUUUCAAAUGAGAUAGAUCUGAAAGGAAAACUUUUCGAAGUACCAUGUGAAAACAAUGACAACAAGAAGCAGACGAUCUGUUGAAUUUUGUGACGAACCGGAAAUCAUCAAUAGCGUAGAAUCUAAAUUUGAUUUUGAUAAUUUUCGUAUUUAUGAAAAUAUCACGACAAUUGAUGUUAAUGGAAAUUUCAAAAAUGAAAAAGAAAAACUGAGCCGUGAUGCUAAAUCCACUGAAAAUGAACGCGGAGAAAAGACUGUCAGUGAUCAAUUUCAACUUAAGCAAAACAUUAAUGGAAAAGCUCAUCUAAAUAAAACACAAACUACUGCAGAAGUGCAUUCGCCAGUUACUAAAAUUACAGAAAAAGGAAUUAAACCAUGUUUACGAAAAGAUGGGAAAAAGCAAGACAUACAUCAUGAUAAAAAUCUCAGUUUGAAAGCUGCGGAUGAAUCAAGAACUGACAUCGGAUACAGUUUUGACGGAAAAAUAACAAAACCAUUAAUAAAAAUCGAGCAUCCAUGUUAUGCUUGUCUGACGAAUAUAUCAGACAACAGCCGGGUGAACGAAAGUGUUGACGAUACUUCCACUUCUGAUGAUUCAUAUCAAAGUUUGAUUAAAUCGUCGACGGAAUCACAAGAAUCUGAAUCCGAACCGUCUGCUACCGAGGUUAGUAUGGGUAAGUUUUCCAUUGAUUCAACAAAACCUACCACGACUGAAGGAAAUAAAAACGUACCGGUAAACGAUAAAAUAAAGCCUGGUGAUACUAAACCCAAUAUACAUUUGUAUUCAGAAACAAACAUAAGUAGCGAAGAACUACCAAAAUACAAAUUUGAUUCUACGUUAUCAUAUUCGUCGUUUCCUGGACAAAGCAAUUUCAUUUUUGUAAAGGCAAACGAUUGGCUCAAAGAAGGCAGCAAGUACGAUAAAGACGGAUUUGCUUUGCAUUCAAACUACGGCCAUUUUGAUAUGAAAUCAAAAGCUACAAGUGCACCAUGGCUAUCUCAGUUCCGGCGAACAGUUCAGCAUGUUUAUAUUUCUCCGCAUGGAAAAGUAGUAGAGAAUAUCUCCGUUCAAGACCAUGAUGGAAAGGCAUUUAUUACAUCUUAUCAUACAAAUAAAGAACUUAAGAACAUCAAAGAAAAGUCUGUCGGGAGUGAAUCGCACAAGAAAAGAAAAUUGUCUAAAGACAGGACUUGUAUGUUUUAUAGCUCGCUUUUAGCAGGAACCAUAGUAGCUGUGGCAAUAACCUUACUAAUAGCAUAUACUAUCUAGAGAGAACUUAAUGAUCAUUCUGUUAAAGAACCAAUUCCUGGCAAUUUUGAUAAUACUGAACUCCCUCAUAUUUGUUGUGUUUACAAAAAAUCUACCCGGAAAUAUGUGUCUAAUUACAGCGAAGUGUGUAAUAAAAGAUGUUAAAUUAUAUCAGUGACAUCCACGACUCACUCCGUACUUACUGCUCUAAAUGGAUAAAACGAGAAAAAGCUG